GGCCCGGAGCCAAGCGCAGCGAGGAGUGGGCUGAGGGGCGGCGGCGGUCUGGGAGCCGGGGAAGUUUGGGCCACCUCUGGCUGCGGUGCUGCGCUCCCGAGCCAGGCUGAAGCCCGGAGAACCAGGGGGCAAGUGGACACACUUACGGACGCUCUCGGGCCGCUGCCACCGUUUCGCAUCCUCUUCCCUGGAAAAGUUUAAGCUUUGAACAUGUCAUCCAUCAAGCAUCUCGUUUAUGCAGUUAUUCGUUUCUUACGGGAACAAAGUCAGAUGGAUGCUUAUACCUCAGAUGAGCAAGAAAGUUUGGAAGUUGCAAUUCAGUGCUUGGAGACAGUUUUUAAAAUCAGCGCAGAAGAUACACAUCUAGCAGUUUCACAGCCUUUGACAGAAAUGUUCACAAAUUCCUUCUGUAAGAAUGACAUUCUGCCUCUCUCAAACUCAGUGCCUGAAGAUAUGGGAAAAGCUGACCAAUUAAAAGAUGAAGGCAAUAAUCACAUGAAAGAAGAAAAUUAUGCUGCUGCAGUGGAUUGUUACACACAGGCGAUAGAAUUGGAUUCAAAUAAUGCAGUUUAUUAUUGUAACAGGGCUGCUGCUCAGAGUAAAUUAGGUCACUACACAGAUGCAAUAAAGGAUUGUGAAAAAGCAAUAGCGAUUGAUUCAAAGUACAGCAAGGCCUAUGGGAGAAUGGGGCUGGCCCUCACUGCCAUGAAUAAAUUUCAAGAAGCAGUUACAAGUUAUCAGAAGGCAUUAGAUCUUGACCCUGAAAAUGAUUCCUAUAAAUCAAAUCUGAAAAUAGCAGAACAGAAGUUAAGAGAGGUAUCUAGUCCUACAGGAACUGGACUGAGCUUUGACAUGGCUAGCUUAAUAAAUAAUCCAGCCUUCAUUAGUAUGGCAGCAAGUUUAAUGCAGAAUCCUCAAGUUCAACAGCUAAUGUCAGGAAUGAUGACAAAUGCUAUUGGGGGGCCUGCUGCUGGUGUUGGGGGCCUAACUGACCUGUCUAGCCUCAUUCAAGCGGGACAGCAGUUUGCUCAGCAGAUACAGCAGCAGAAUCCUGAACUCAUAGAGCAACUUAGAAAUCACAUCCGGAGCAGGUCAUUCAGCAGCAGUGCUGAAGAACAUUCCUGACUUGACUGGGGCCCCUCACCCAGAAUGCAGUUGGUGAUGGCUCUCAAGUGUCUGCUGUAGAUAGUGACCAAAACAAAAACAAAUCUAAAAUAUAAAUCUGUCUAGACAAUAGGUUUAUCACAAACAGAUAACAUAACAUGAUUAUGUUAUGUUGACUUGACCAUAACAUGAUUCCUUUGUAAGCAGGUGAUCAGUAGCUUUGUUAAGUGCCAGUAUAGCACUUAACUGGACAUGGUUCCAUUUUCAAAUCUUCAUUGUAUUUGUAUACUAGACUUAAUAGCAGAGUAUAUUUAUUGAACAGUAGGACUGUUUACUGGUUGAGUUCUCUAGCACCAAAUUCCCAUAAGCAAACUUUUUUGAAAGGGGAGAUAACCAAGAGGAAAGGAUUCUCAUGCUGAUUUAGGAGAAAUAUACUUGCCACUGAGUAGCAUCUUUGGAGAGAAGAAAUUCGUUACUGGGUUUAGCUUUGAUAGUGCUAUCAGUAGUGAAGAUAUGACAGGGGCCAGUACUGUCUUUAAUGGUGCUUAUUUUGUCGGGUGACAGAAAUCUUAAGAGCUGGUGGAAAGCAGUAUUCGGUGUUGUUUAGA